AUGCUGCGGCGGACAUAUCUGCGUGUUUUUCGAUCAUCGACGCAUACUUUUGCAAAUUGUGUACAACAAUGGAAAAUAGAUGAGGUUGUUCGCGUAGAUCAGGCAGGAGAAGUGGCGGCCGUCCGGAUUUGUAAGUAUCAGCUUUUUUGGACGUCUCCGCUCGAUGCUUCAGUUUCGGUAGUAAAGGAAAUAUUGAAAGAUGAAGUUGUUCAUGAAAGGACAAUGAAUGACCUAGCCGCGAAACAUUCUGUGAGGCUUACGGCGCUGGAUCCAAUUUUUCAUUUAGGUGCCUUUGCUAUGGGUACUGUUACGGCCUUUCUUGGUAAAGAAGCAAUGAUGUGCUGUCAUGCUGCUGUUGAAAUUACCAUUGCAAAACAUUAUAAUGACCAACUCCGUGAACUUGAAGCACUAGAACAUGCGGAAACUGCUUUAAAAGAUGAUGAUGCUAAGGCCUGGAACGAAGUUAAGGAUAUAGUGGUGAAAUUUAGAAAUGAGGAGGAGCAUCAUCAAUAUCUUGGUGAGACAAAUGGAGCGGAUCAGGCUCCAGCUUACCCUAUUUUAUACAAUGGAAUACGGUUAGCAUGCAAAAUGGGGGUUGCUCUAGCGAAAAAGAUUUAA